AUGACAUCAAGUGACGAUGCACAUUGGGCAGUUAUAAAUCCAUCUUUUGGUAUCAUGUUAAAGUGGGAUCUUGAUGCAUCAGUAACAUCUCGUAUGGCCCCAAAAACUCAAAUUGCCGGCGCUGUCGUAGUAGUUGAUUGUAUUGUCGUACUGAAAAUGAUGUUAGAUGAAGGUAUAGCACCAAUGGUUGUCCACUUGCAGCAAUUAGUUGCUUUGAAGUCUACAUAUGAUCAGGUCGCAAAAGAAGGUACUAGAUGCGCAACGAGUUUUCUCGCUAUUAGCGGAAUGUGA